UAAAAAGGAAAGAGUUGUAUGAUAUCGUGAUGCGCGUGACACGUCGCUCACCACUCUCAAAACUGCUGGACUGACAAUCAGUCAGUCAGCGCACCGACCACUGUUAUACGGGAUAAUUAUAAUCAUGGCCGAUAUCAACUCCCGGCGAUCUGUUACCUUAACUGCCGACCAGAGAGAAGACAUACAAGAGGUUUUCAAUACAAUUGAUCAAGACAACAGUGGGCACAUCACAGCAUCUGAACUUGAUAAUGCCCUUGAACAACUCAACAUAAAGCUUGCUGGUUAUGAAAUCCGUGAUUUGAUUGGUAACUUUGAUCAUGGAGAAGAUCAAAAAUUGGACAUUGAUGAAUUUCAAAUGUUAUAUCUUGAACUGAAAAAAAAUAAAGAUCUAGGAAUCCUGUUUAAGAAACAAGUACAACGCCGAGAGGGAAUCUGUACACAUGGCGGACGAACAACAGCCUCCAGUGCAGGGACCACCCACUCUGUACGCACAGCAGAACAAGUUGCCUUUUCUGAAUGGAUCAACUCAAACCUUAGCAGGGAUCCAGAAUGUAAACCCUACCUGCCACUUAAUCCAGAAUCUGAUGAUCUUUAUAAGAAAAUGGCCGAUGGCAUCCUACUAUGUAAACUCAUCAACAUAACCUGUCCAGACACAAUCGACGAAAGAGGAAUCAACAAAAACAAUCCAAAUGUCUAUCGCAAACAUGAGAACUUGGUGUUGGCACUAAAUUCUGCUAGGUCCAUUGGUUGCAACAUUGUCAACAUCGGUGCGGAAGACAUUCAGGAGGGGACUCAGCAUCUGAUUCUUGGAUUGCUGUGGCAAGUUAUUAGAAUUGGUCUUUUGAGUGACAUUGACUUGAAGCAUCACCCUGGCCUGGUUCUACUUUUGGGAGAAAACGAGGAUCCUGAAGACUUACAGAAGUUGACACCCGAACAAAUAUUGGUGCGUUGGGUAAACUAUCACCUGAGAAAUGCUGGUGCCAAUCUGCAGAUCAACAAUCUUGCUGAGGACAUAAAGGACUCGGAGGCUUACUCUUAUUUAUUGCACCAAAUUUCUCCACGUGAAAAUGGUGUCACCCUUGAUCCUCUAAAGGAGAACGAUCUAAACAAAAGAGCCGAAUAUAUGUUACAAGAAGCUGAUAAGAUUGGUUGCCGCAGUUUCAUUACCCCCAAUGAUGUUGUGAACCACAAUUACAAACUCAACUUGGCGUUUGUGGCUAAUCUCUUCAACACCUACCCAGCUCUGGAUAAAGCACCAACCGAUGUGGAUUUGGAAAUCUUUGAUGAAACACGUGAAGAGAAAACCUAUCGUAACUGGAUGAACAGUGUUGGUGUCAACCCAUUUGUUUACAAUCUCUACAGUGAUUUGACUGAUGGCCUGGUCCUGCUGCAACUCUUUGACAUUGUCAGCAGUGGAAUAGUAGACUGGAGUAACGUGAUCAAAACCUUCAACAAAAUGAAAGGAAAUUUUGAGAAGAUCUCAAACUGUAAUUAUGCUGUUGGUCUUGGAAAAGAAAUGAAAUUCUCAACAGUUGGAAUCUGUGGUUCUGAUAUUGGCCAAAACAAAAUACUGACACUUGCUGUUGUGUGGCAAUUGAUGAGAGCCUACACGCUUUCCAUCCUCCGCAAAUUAACAAGUUCUUCUAAUAUGGGAAACAGAGAUAUUGGAGAAAAAGAUAUUAUUCACUGGGCAUUGUCACUAAACAUCCUCUUUUAUUUCUUUUUGCAGGAUCGUCACGACAACGCUAAAUAUGCCAUCUCAAUGUCCCGCAAAAUAGGAGCCCGUGUUUAUGCCUUACCUGAGGACAUUGUGGAAGUGAAACCCAAAAUGAUCCUAACGAUAUUUGCUUGCCUCAUGGCACUGGAUAUCGAGCUGAAUACUAGUAAUUCAAUCCAAGAAGAAUAAAAAACAAAAGCAAAAAAAAAACCCCUUCAUGUUGCAAUUAUUAUUAUUACAAUUUGUUUUUUGUCUCCCUACUCCAUCAACCUAACAAAGAUCCAAAAUUCCAGACCUUUUGUUCUUGGCAAUUGGGUGCCUUUCCCUGCAACAUAUAUAUAUAUACACACACACACAUAUAUAUAUUAAAAAACCCAAAAAACUUUAAAGAAAUGCUCAUCAAUAACUACAAACAAAAAAAAAUUAGCGCAUCUGUUAAGUUUUUCUAAACACUGUCCUAUAUAUACUAUUAAAUCAUUUUCAAUAAAUGCACAUUUUUAUUCAAUUGUAUAAAAACUUCCUAUCUUUGUCUAGAUCAAUGCUCUUUCUGUUCUGUUGUAAUGCUUCUCAAGUUGAGUCUCAACAACAAAGCUAAAUUUUUAUCACCCAUCUUCUUUACGAUAUAUUUAUCCUUAUCGCUAAGCUUCCCCAUUCCACUUCUUUUUAUUUACUGUACAAUUAUGUUAUUAAAUUUAAAUAUCUCCAAAAAUUA